AUGUCGCGGCUUCUCCUCUUCUUCUUGGUGCUGGGGUGCACUACUGCCUUCUUCUCCACCCUCUGUGCGGCCGACUCGUUCCUCGACGGGUUCUGGGCCGAUGACGGCAAAGACGAGGCCGCCCCCCAGACUGAGAAAUCGGAGGGCGACGAGGAGGUCAACAUACAGAAGGAGAAGCUGAACCGGAUCGCGGACGAGCAGCCCAAGCUCGAGAUUCGAGACCCCACGGCCGAUACCACUGCUAAUCUCGAGAACACCAAGCAGGGUUCGCUCACCCACGUCAUGCUUCAAGCUUUCGAUCUCAACGGCGAUGGCCGCCUCGACGCUGAGGAGAGGAGCAAGAUCGACAAGAAGACAUGGUUGGAGUUCCACCAGUCGAUGAAGAACAAGGCCAUGAACGCCAUCCACAACGCCAUGCCCACACUCAAGGAGAUGAAGCAGCGCCUCCAGCAGGCUAGAUUCGGCGGCGAGAUCCCCAAGGAGCUCUUCAACAAGCAGAAGCUCCAGGAGAAGGUCGACGAGCAGAGGCGAGCGGCCGCCAAGAAGGCGAAGGACGCCUACCCAGCCAUCACCGUGGCGCCUGGCGUCGGAGAGCUUCACAAGAGAUCGCUCGAGCACGCCAAGCGCUACACCGAGCGCGUGCAGCAAGAACAGAAGAAGUAA